AUGGUUUCAAGAACGCUCUCCGUCUCGCUCGGGCGUGCAGUCCGCACAGCACGCGCACAGCGACCGCUGCGGUCGUUUGCGACGGCGGUGAAUGUACCCAGCCCCAUAACCCUGACUACGACUCUCUCUAACGGUCUGACUGUCGCGACCGAGUCGCAUUCUCAUGCGCAAACGGCCACCGUCGGCGUCUGGAUCGACGCGGGUUCGCGCGCAGAGACAGACAAGACGAACGGCACGGCGCACUUCCUGGAGCACAUGGCAUUCAAGGGCACGAACCACCGCACCCAGCACGCGCUCGAGCUGGAAGUGGAAAACCUCGGCGCGCACCUGAACGCUUACACUUCGCGUGAGCAGACAGUCUACUACGCGAAGAGCUUCCGCAAGGACGUCGGCACCGCGGUGAACAUCAUCAGCGACAUCCUUCAGAACUCGAAGCUGGACACCACUGCGAUCGAGAGAGAGCGUGACGUGAUUCUGCGGGAACAGCAGGAGGUGGAUAAGCAAAUGGAGGAGGUUGUGUUCGACCACCUGCACUCGGUCGCGUUCGCUGGCCAGCCCCUUGGUAGGACUAUUCUUGGUCCCAAGGCCAACAUCUUAUCCAUCAAUCGGGACGACCUCGCGUCGUACAUCAAGACAAACUAUACCGCCGACCGGAUGGUGCUCGUCGGCACGGGUGGUGUCAACCACGAGGAAUUAGUGAAGCUUGCUGAGAAGCACUUCUCAGCUCUGCCCGUGUCCUCCAACCCCAUUCCCCUUGGCCGCCUCUCGCACCCGAAGACCAAGUUCGUCGGACAGGAGGUGCGUAUCCGGGAUGACUCGAUGUCCACGGCACACAUCGCCAUCGCUGUGGAGGGUGUUGGCUGGAGCUCGCCCGACUACUUCCCGAUGCUUGUUAUGCAGUCGAUCUUCGGCAACUGGGACCGCUCAUUGGGCGCUGCUGGGCUCAUGUCUUCUCGCCUAUCGCACAUUGUCUCGUCGCACAACCUCGCGAACAGCUUCAUGUCGUUCUCGACGUCCUAUUCGGACACUGGUCUCUGGGGUAUCUACCAUGUGACGGAGAAUUACAUGAACAUGGACGACCUCGCACACUUCACGUUGAAGGAGUGGACGCGCAUGUCGAUUGGGCCGACGGAAAUUGAGGUUGAGCGAGCAAAGAGUCAGUUGAAGGCGAGCUUGCUGCUCAGCCUUGAUGGCACCACUGCGAUUGCGGAGGACAUUGGACGACAGCUCGUCACCAGCGGCCGCCGCAUGACGCCCAAGCAAAUUGAGCAGGCUGUCGAUGCGGUUACGCCAGAAGAGAUCAAGCGGGUGGCGCAAAAGUAUCUCUGGGAUCAGGAUAUUGCUAUCGCUGCUAUUGGGCCGAUUGAGGGUCUCCUGGAUUACAAUCGCAUUCGUGCGGACAUGUCAUCAUUGCUUUACUAG